UUUGACCAGAAUCGUUAAACUCAGACUCGGAUGUCCGUUGAGUGACUCGUUCCAUCCGAACGAGUGGAGGCGUCCUUUCCCGGCAAAUUCCCAGGCUACCCGCUUUCUGUUUAUUAGUAUAAGUUGUUUCAACUCGGACAUGGGGUUACGUUUCCAACAAGACAUUGGCCUUCGUGUUUGAGUGGCGUGUUCAAUCCAAACACCGGAAAAGGAAAUAGGAACGAGAAACAUAUUUUGGCAGCAGAAGUAUAUCGCGGGAAGAGGAUGCGGAGCGUACUCUGCUGCUCCUUGCUCAGGGAAUUCGUGGGGAAUAUGUGGAAGCUCUGCUUCGACGGAGCUUCUGCUGCUGUCUGCUUGCUUCUGUACGCGACUCUUGCCGCCUUCUUCGUGCUAGUUGGCGGGACGCUUGGGGUGAUAGUCGGAUCUCUAACUGGGUUAAGAACCGAAAGCAGGUUCCUACACCGAGCGGCAAUUGGGACCGUGGUUGGUGUUCUCUUCUCGUUCGAGCUCCUCAAGCUUUCCAUUGCUUUCCUCCUCCCUGAGGGCAAUGGAUUCUGCAUAUUCGGCCGCUUGUUUGACUCUGCAACUGUUCGCAUUGCUCAAAAACUAGUUCGAGAAUGGUACACUGUCCGUGAGCUCCCAACCCUUGCAGUCAAUGACAGUAAUGUUACCUCAGAUGUUUCGAACAAACUUGUUAGAGCACCAAAAAAUUCAGAUAAGAUUGUGAAGACAAGAAUAGCAAGAGACGACUUGAUCGAUUCUUCGGGGAACAGAGUCUGCUGUCCCAUUUGCCUUCAGGAUUUCGAGUUCAGGCAAGUGGCCCGAAAGCUCCCUUGCUGCCACCACUUGUUUCAUCAACCAUGCAUCGAUAAGUGGCUCCGUGGACAUAAUUCUUGCCCACUAUGCAGAAGCAUAGUUAAACAGAGGAAGCACAGUCGGGUCCAGAAUCUAGCACGGUAGCAUAGAAACAGUUCAUUCUUUGAAGGCAAUUGUGAACAUAAUCACGAUGCUUUGUAGAGAACAUUCCUAGCAGGCAAAAGUGCUUGGAAGAAAUUUGUUUCCCAGUCCCAUAAAGAAAUUAUAAUACAACAACAAUUAUUUCGAUAAA